CUCAACCUGAAUGCGCCGACCAUCGCACCAUCACUCGAGCGAUGAGGCCGCAGGAUUUUGGCGGCUGGUUUUGUGCGACAGAGGGCUGCGAGUACAGCCAAGAGCGACAGAACCAGUUGGACGAAUGUAUGUACGGCUUCCUUAACGCCCAACAUCCGGGCAUGUUCCAUCCACCUGGCGAUGUCCGAGUCGUUGCUCGCCAAGACAAACACGAUUACGACGGCGUCUCGACAGUCAACAAUGAACCCGAAUUACGCCACGAGCCCGACCAGAUGGAUCUUGACACAACGUCGACAGCGGAUGGAGUCAGUAACCCGGACAAGCGAGCAACUACGUUCGGAGAGAAGCACAAGAAUCAGGCCGGCCAAGAUGCGGGGAAGAAGACGAAGCGCACACCACUCCCGUCCUCGCGACCGGCGCGUCCGCAGCCACCCGGUGCGCUGGGUCCAAACACCUACCCCCCAGCGGUCCGAGCCACUCACUCCGCCGAGGGAACCGCUCUCGAUUUGUCAUUAUUCGGCCCCAGGACCGCGGAGCGAGUCACCGAACUGCUCGAGAUAAUCGCUUUCAAAACUCAGAACAAUACCGAUCCGAAGAAAUGGUUCCCUGAGGAGGAUCAACUGCUUGACAUGCUCCGCACAACGGGUUUGUCACAUGGGCAGAUUGCCGAUGUGAGUGAGUUCCUCAGGCGGCACAGCCGCAACGCAUGCGAAAGCCGGUUCUCUCGGAUGAAGCGCGGGGUCUGAGGCAGCCGCCCUCAUCCCCGGCCUGCCGUUGGAGGCCGUAGGAGUGACCGAGUAAGAGUGUGGCAUGGUAAAAUGAUGUGCAAUUGCGGCCGGGUAUCUUAUUCACAUGAGCUGCACCUUGACUCUUUCUUAAGAGUUGGGUUUCUUCAACAUUCGGGAACAAGUCAUGAUUGUUGUGAUACAGAAAGGGGCGUCAGCUAAGUUACCAAGAGCCCUGGCUUACCACCAAGCAGGCUAUGUGAUACGUAUAGGGCGUCCCUGAAGAACCUUGCUGACCAGCCCCUAUGCCUCUUGCAUUCUUUCCAUAAAUUUCGGUACCGUGUAAGCUAAAUCUGGACCUGACGUCCAUAGUCUACAUGGCGGAACGAGUUUCCACAUCUUGACACAAUGGAGGUUG